AUGCAGCAAGAAGUAAUCGAAUUAUUCUUUUCGGACGACGAAGAUCGACGGGACGAUGAAGAUCCUUACUUGGAUAGAAGGGCUCUUUUGGAACCAGUAGUUGGACGCGUUGUGGAUGCUUUGGGAGGUCGGGAAGGUGGGGUCUAUGUGAUGGGUGAUCAAGUGAGCGGGUGCUUGAAAGAUUUGAAGAAACUAUGGAGAAAGGACGAUACUGACGACGAACGCACGGUCGCUCGACUCUUCUGGGAGAUGCGUGUCCUUCCCAAUGAUCUUGUCCCCAUCUUACUUGAAACGGCAGGGAAAGGCUUGGUUGAGGACAAGAGGGCGAUAUCAUGCAUUGACCUAAUUACCGCGAUGACAUGGCCUAUCGAUAUGGCAGAGGAGCUGAAAGAACUUGACGAGGAACUCGACAAAGGCACGGAUUAUACUGCCCUCCUUCAAAGCCACCUUCACUACAAGGCCGCUCUACUACAACCAGGCGUGAUACAAGCGGUAUUUGGAAUCAUACUUCCUCCUUUAGCCAAGGGGAUCAGGGAGAGAGUGGAGCGAGAUGGUCAGGUCAUCAACGUUGCUCUACACCUAAUUCGAAAUCUCGCUUUCAUCAAGGACUUGCCAUCUAACUCGCAUUUGAGUUCCGACCAGGCAGAAUUCUCCAACCUUCAGUCCAAACUUAUCCGGUCUCUCUCUGAAACUCACAUUAUUGAUCUGAUCCUGACAAUUGCUGCAAACACCGACAACGAUCCUCUUUUCAAUAGCUGGAACACCCUCGUUUUAGAAAUACUUUAUCUUCUUUUCCGAGGGGUCAAACCAAACACUUUGGCCGUCGAUCACUUGAAGCAAUCAAAGGACAACCUUCAGCGUCUUCUUGCGCUCGAAGACCGAACGCGUCGCGACCUCAGCCGUAAAGCUACGUCUCGCCAUUCGCGUUUUGGAACAACCAUUUCUGUCAAGCUCAAUCCUGAUAAGCAAACAGCAAGACUUGCCGACGGUAAUGCGGCUGAUGCUCAGCCAACUGCUUCAACAUCGCGCUCCAUGGUUUUGCAUCGACAGCAAGCUAUCUACAACGAUUCUGGGACAGUUCUAGAUAUGGCUAAACGACAGAAGAACAAAAGGCUCAACAAGGCAGACGACCUUGGCGUAGAGACCGUUCUUUCCAUGGAGGCUAGGGUCAUUUUGCAGGAAUUAGCUACUGAAUUCUUGGGCUCGUGUUUCAAUCCUUUCCUUUCCACUCUCUUAAAGGAUAUUCGCUCUGAAAGGCCGAAGAUUACGGAGAAGGAUAAUCUCCGACUACUCUAUGUGACCAAAUGGUUCCUGGAAUUUUUCCUCUUCAUGCGCUCCAAAGAAAAGCACGAUAAGGCUGCUGAAGAUAAAUGGAACUUUGGCCUCGUUGCCGAGGUUACAGAGCGGUCAUGGAUCAUAUGGGUACUGAAACGCAUGCGAGAGGCAGUAGAAGAAAAGCCCAAGCUAUGGAACGAACUUCAAGCGGGAAUAGAGUGUUUGACCCAACUCCUCCUCCUCAUCGACAAGAUGUCCUCUUCGGAGAUAACUGACCCCACACUGCAAGAAGCCGCGGAAGUUUUACAACAGCAGCUCGUGUACAACGGGGAGGUACUAGAUAUUGCGUUAGAAAGUCUGAAGUCAUACAAACCAGGGACGCAAUCACUUGCCUAUCUCGACUCCAGUGUUUAUUUGGCUUACGCGUUGCUCCGGAUGCUCGAGAGAUGGGGCAAAGAAAAAGGAAAUGAGACGUAUGUACGACAGAAAGUUACAAAGAAAAGGCGCAAGAAAGGCAUCACGGAGGAAGAUGGCAUUCCAGAUGUUGAAGAAGAAGAGGAGGUAGUGGACGAUGUCAUCACAGAAACAUUGUUCACGUUUGAAGUAUUCGAAGCAAAAUUUGCGCAAUCGGAAAUCACCCAUACACUUUUGACGUAUUUGGAGCGUUAUCGUGAAUUUUCUUCUUCAGAAAACAUGAGGCGAGUGGUCAGCUUGCUCCACAGACAAGCCAUCAAAGCCAAGGCGGAAGGGCUUUUUUUCAAGGUCUCAACUUUGGACCUCUUCAAGACAAUCCUUGCAGAUCAGAAGUCCCUGCCACGAGAGCAGCCCUACAAAGACCUCAUAAACCUUGUUAAUUUCAUCUUGCGUCAGUUCUUCAAAGCAUUGGAAAAAGAUCCGUUUUUAGCUGUUGAGGCGUUCUUCCCGAAGAAUCGCGGAAAUUGGAAGCAAUAUUCCAGCUGGGAACCAGAAGAGAAAUCGAAGAAAUCAAAGAACGUUGUAGACGAUAAACGUUUCCCACCUGACGUGGUAGUGAAGAAAGGUUUUUCCUGGAGCGACCAGCUUGGAAUCGCCAUUUCCGUUCUUGUUGAAGCGGGCGAGGCUGACCUGGUGAAAUGGACCACACAGAUACUAUCUCUGGUUAUUUCUCGACGACAUCGUAUCGUUGAAGAGACAGAUAACAAGGGUGACGAUAACGCGACUGUUGAACAUGACGACGUUGAUUCCUCGGCACAACGGCAUAAGCCACCUUCGGACGAGGCGUUGGCUAAAUUUACAGACUAUUUAAUUCCGUAUACCAGCGACGAACAAGCCGAUGCGGCCACCAAUAACCCUAAUUUGAAGCUGUUAUUUCGGUUGUCUAAAUUUUACAUUCUCGACCAAGACUCCGAUGAACUGGAGUGGUAUAUACCCUCAACGAUAGAAACAGACGAACUGCAAAGAAUCCACAACGUGAUCAAUCAAUUCCUGGACACACCGUUCGAUCUUGAUGGGAAGAAGGCUUCUGAACUCCUGCAGAAGAAGCGACGGCGCAGGAGGCGGCGAUCCCCGUCACCCGAUUCAGACAAUGCGGCAGUGCUUUCAGGUGACGAGCGCCGAAGUAAGAAACGAAAGGAGAAGAAAAUGAAGGAAAAGGAGCAAUAUAAAUCGGCGCAGUUCAUCGAGGACAGUGACGAGGAGUAUGGAAAUAUGGAGGCAUUCCUAGAAAAAGAGAAACUCCAGCGUCAGAAGGCGGUUUUAGCUGCAGAGGCUGAGGGUCUCAAUCGGCCACCGACAAUGAAAGCUUCGGGAACCAAGAAACGCCGUAGGAAAAACAUGGAGGGCUCAAAGGCCAAGAAACGGAAAGGGGAUGUAUCCUCUGCCCGCAGCUCGGGCGCCGACAAUUCGGAUGACAGUGAGGUGGAGGUAGUCUCGAUCACCCACACACAACCUAGCAGCUCUGUAGGGAACCAGACCCCGAAGAAAACGCCUCGAAUUCGUCCACGUCCUCGCCCGAAACGCCUUGAAUCUGUGUUGCCUGGGUCUUCACCUAUAGCGAUGUCUGACCAUGACAAUCUGCCGAGCUCACCGUCGCGCGAACAGAAUGUCGAACCCGAGACGUUGGCGGGAAGGAGCAUUCGCUACACCAAGCGGCUAAUUCUAUCGGACGACGAAGAUUGA